GGAGUGGUGGUGAUCAGCACAGCUCACUGACUGUAGUCCCUUUUGUAUGCGCAGCGGUGCCCAACUGCAGCCUAAACCGCUCGCUCUUACAAUAAUUAUGAGUAAAAGACGAAAAGUUGGACUUUGACAUGAAAUGUCUCGCUCGCGCCGCGCCCCUCCGUAAAAUGAACGAGAACACAAGUAAGCGCACGGGGAAUCUAUGUGCAUAUUUCGAUGGAUAUUUUGCAUCUUGAAAACAACUCGGGAAGAUCUCUGAAUUGAGUCGAGACAACACUGUGAGGACGCAGGGGGCGUCAGGUUUUGCUGACCUUAGCAUCUUUGGACCGUUUCAAUGGGAAUCUCUUUGCCAUUAACACUUUGAGGGAGUCCCCUUCGCUUUGCCUCCGUUCGUUUCUUUGAGACAGGCUGCUGUAUGUUUCCCGUUUGUCCUGAAGGCGCGUACGGGUGGAUAUAUUCGCGUUCAGCGCAGCAGAUCUGGCGCAGCGGGCGGGAGGAAGACCAGGAUCAUUGCAGUACCUGUAAUGAAUGGCUGCUGAAAGACACCACUGACCCUGGCAACGAGACGUUUUUAUUAGUUCUGCUGGUGUCAUGUAAACAUAAUCAUUUAGCAAAUGAUUUCUCCGGCGCUUUGGGGACUCCUGAUGCUUGCAGUGUUUCCUGGGUUCUAAUGCAAGAGGGAGGUGUUGACGAGUGAAAAGAAGCCUCAAAUUUCCCUGCUCCUUUCCCACAAACUUUUAGAGGCAACACCGUCGCACUCUGAAAACGAACUGCAGGUUGCAUUUAUUCACAGCAUGACUGUUGCGACGGGCGACCCAGUUGAUGAAGCCGCAGCUCACCCGGGUCAGCCACAGGACACAUACGACCCGGAACCAGACCAUGAGUGCUGCGAAAGGGUGGUCAUUAACAUAUCUGGCCUGCGCUUUGAGACGCAGCUCAAAACUCUGUCUCAGUUCCCAGAGACAUUGCUCGGGGACCCCAAAAAGAGAAUGCGCUAUUUUGACCCUCUGAGGAAUGAGUACUUUUUUGACAGGAACCGCCCAAGUUUUGAUGCCAUUCUCUAUUACUACCAGUCAGGCGGCAGGUUGCGAAGGCCUGUCAAUGUGACAUUGGAUAUUUUUUCUGAGGAGAUACGUUUUUAUGAGCUUGGGGAAGAAGCCAUUGAGAUGUUCAGGGAGGAUGAAGGAUUUAUUAAGGAAGAGGAGAAACUCCUGCCAGAAAAUGAGUUUCAGAGGCAGGUAUGGCUGCUCUUUGAGUAUCCUGAAAGUUCAGGGCCUGCCCGGAUUAUUGCCAUCAUUUCAGUCAUGGUCAUUCUCAUAUCUAUAGUCAGUUUCUGCCUGGAGACACUUCCGAUUUUUCGCAAUGAUGAAAUGGAGAUGCACAAAACAUACCCAACCAACUCCAACUCAACAAUUAGCUACACCUCCGACUACUUUACUGACCCUUUCUUCAUCUUGGAGACUCUUUGCAUCAUAUGGUUCUCCUUUGAGUUCCUGGUGCGCUUCUUUGCGUGUCCUAGCAAAGCAGGCUUCUUUGUCAAUAUAAUGAACAUCAUUGAUAUUGUGGCUAUAAUACCUUACUUUAUCACCUUGGGCACGGAGCUAGCAGAGAAGCCAGAGGAUGGUCAGCAAGGACAGCAAGCCAUGUCACUUGCCAUUUUGAGGGUCAUCAGAUUAGUACGAGUCUUUAGGAUCUUCAAACUUUCUCGGCACUCGAAAGGGCUGCAGAUUCUCGGCCAAACACUCAAGGCCAGCAUGAGGGAGCUUGGGCUGCUUAUCUUCUUUCUCUUCAUCGGAGUCAUCCUGUUUUCGAGCGCCGUCUACUUUGCAGAAGCGGAUGAGCCUGACUCACAGUUUAUAAGCAUCCCAGAUGCCUUCUGGUGGGCAGUGGUUUCAAUGACCACAGUAGGGUAUGGUGACAUGGUCCCAACUACCAUUGGAGGCAAAAUUGUGGGAUCCCUGUGCGCUAUCGCUGGUGUGCUGACCAUUGCCUUGCCCGUGCCUGUCAUAGUCUCAAACUUCAACUACUUCUACCAUCGAGAGACAGAAGGCGAGGAACAGGCCCAGUACCUUAACGUGACCAGCGUCCCCAAGAUUGAUUCAUCAGAGGACCUGAAAAAGAGCCGCAGCGGGUCAACCAUGAGCAAGUCUGACUACAUGGAAAUUCAAGAGGCUGUUAACAACAGCAAUGAGGACUUUCGAGAGGAGAACAUCAAGACUGGAAACUGCACACUAACCAACACAAACUAUGUUAACAUCACCAAAAUGCUUACAGAUGUAUAACCGUUUUGAACUGCCUUUAACGAAGAAGGUGAGAUAAAGAAGGGGUGUGCAAACCCCAGAUUUGAAGGCUUCAGAUGCCUCAUGGAAGAGUUUCAAAACGGGAGAUUUGAAAUGUGUCCAUUUGAGUGAAGGAUCAGUGAAGAAGACCUAUCCAUCAUUCCAUCUCCAUUCCCUCUCGCAAGUUGUGGGAAACUUGAUUGGUUGGGGACGUUGUUUUGCAUUCUUGUGUUCAGUGUCUGCAUGGAGUUUGUCUAUUCUGUGUGACUGUGCUAGAAGUCGGUCUGCUUGCAACAGUAGCCAAUCGUAGCCUAACCAGUUGAUACAAGCGUAGCAUAGAGGGACCAAUUCCUGACUCCCAUUUCCCCAUUCACUGCCAACCCGAGGACCCCUUGAGUCUUUUUUGAGUGUAUUUGUUCCUGGGAAGAAUGAGAAUUUUGUCACUCCAAAUUGAUUAGUGGCACAUAAAACAUGGAGGAGAUAAUAUAUAUUCGUGAAGAAUCACCAUGGAGGAUGUAUUUCUCUGUGAAUGCACAAACGCUGCCUGUCCUGCCAGCCGCAACAGUGUACCAUGUGCGGUACCUAAAAAAUAUUACAUUCCAUCUUGUGACGAAGAAAUACAUGCAUGACCAAUCCGAGGGGGCCUGGAGGACCGGUUCUGUGGCCCCCUUUCUAUCUGUAUGACCUUUUUUCCCUCUUUCGCUGCCAGCAUAUUAGGAUCUCAGUGUGUCCCUUGUUAGAGUAAACAGACCUGAAAGUGGAGUGGAAAUUGUUUUGAAGUUGCCCUUUUUUCCAUCGUCUUCAUUCCACUAUAUGCAUGAGCAUCUGCCCUCCAUUGCAUCAUUUCCUUCUGUCACUUACUUUUCCCAGCAUUGUAAACUUCCAAGCAUUCCAUGUGUAUGAGAAAUAUCUUUUGUAAUGAAGAUCUACCCUUACAAGCGCCUGAUGGGGGGUUGCAGGAGUGUAGACAUUUAACUGUGACAUUGCAGCCAACAACAGCUAAACACUAGCUCACUUAGUCAGGUCACCAAAGAUGAAGUUCACUGCCGCUAUUUAUUGCAUUUUUAUGUUGUUUUUUACAUUUUAGUGCCAUUUCAUGGUGCAUCCUGCUCAUAAUAUGAUGCUGGAGAAUUUCGAU